AUGGCGCAGCAAUUCCUUGCCGAUCGCAAUGGCUGGCUGUCCUUUAGGAGCAGCACGCCGCUGCUCUACAUUACCGCUGAAGAUGCUGAGUUUGAUGUCCAGACCAUGAAGGCAUGGCGUGACGAGGGCUUUGUUGUCGAAUACAUUCCCAUGGGCAAUGGCGGGAAGCAAUAUGUGCAGACGCUCCAUAAGUUGGGCGAGAACAUGAGUAUUGGAGAGCGUUACGCUAUCGUAGCUUUUGGAGAUGCAGCUGCUGUGUGCUUAGACAUCUUUUCGGAGCCCAGAGCCGCGACCUCGAAACUCUGUUCCCUCAUCGCUUACUACCCGACUUCAAUUCCCGACACACGACAUCGCUUCACCUCCUCUUUUCGCGUCCUCGUACACCUCGCAGAGGGUGCAUCCGGAAAUGAGUGCACGGUGGGCGUGGUGCGCCGUCCAGAAGUCCUCGGCAUUCAGGGCAAGCGGAAAACGGUGCAGAAGCGCGUCACACCUGGCAUUGGCGUUGGAGGCUUGCAGGACAAGAUUUUGUAUCCUUGCUUCACGUACGAAGGUGUAGACGCUGGAUUUGCCGAACAUGAUUUGCCCGAAUACGACGCCGUCGCCGAUGCGCUUGCAUGGAGCCGGAGUUUGAGCACAGUAAGAAAAGGCUUCAGCGCUGAAGUUGACUUGGAACGAGUACUGGAACAGAACGAAGAGCAAAAAUUUCAUGGCAAGGCAGUCGACAAGCUUUUAGAAACCUAUACCCGAAGCCCAAGGCCCUCUAUAAACUUUACACCAACGAUGACGGGCGGCAUCGGUAUGUCCGACCUUAAACGCUUUUAUCGUGACUACUUCCUGAGAAGCUGUCCGCCAUCCCUCCAUAUGCGCCUCAUCUCGCGCACUAUAGGCGUGGACCGUAUUGUUGAUGAAAUUUACUUUAACUUCAAACACACCUGCCAGAUGCCCUGGAUCCUACCAGGCGUCCCUCCUACAAACGAAAAAGUCGAAAUCGUUGUCAUAAGCAUUGUUGGCUUCCGUGCUGGCAAGAUAUGGAGCGAGAGACUGUAUUGGGAUCAGGCUAGUGUGCUCUUCCAAGUUGGAUUGCUGGAUCCAGAAGAGGUCCCGAAGGAUUUCAAGGGCAAGGCUAAGAGUGACGAUGAUGACGAAGGUGACAAGGGAGGGCUUGAGAUGCUGCCUGUUAGUGGAAGUGAGGCCGCGAGAAAGGUUAUGGACGUUGAGAGUGAGGAGUUUAAUGAUAUGAUUGAUGAUUGGUAG